UUUGCGAACGUAGGGAGAAGUUUUAGAGAAGGACACUGGGAAGCGCUGGACGUGUUCUGUCGUGUUUUUUUAAUACAUUUAUUGUUUUAAUUGAGUCGCGUCACAGUGACAAAUGCAUUACUUUGAACAGUUUAUGAUAACGUGUGAUAAAGCAGAGUGAUAAAGUGUUUUCUCGUCGGGACGAAACGUCACUAAAUGCUUCCCUGCUGUCCUCAACCUUGGAGCGGUGCUCUCUCGGGGAGGAAGAGGAAUGUGUGUCGGCGUAGCUGAUCCCCUGCAUGCAGCUGUCUGAGGAGCUUUGGCGUUAAAGGAGCAGCAAUCAUGGACAUGGAAGACUUUCCUCCCCCGCCUCCUGAAAUGUUGGCAGACGGCGUCGCUUUUGCAGAUGAAGACGAGGGGGAAGCCUUCGACUUUGACGACAGCGGCGAUGACGUCGGCGAGGCAGACCACCCGCCCCCUGCACCCCCGGCUCCUCCAGUCCCAAUCGACAAUCUGGAGACCAGUGUCCCCGGCGGCCAAGUCCCCUUACCCGACCCCCCAGUGCCUUCCCCCACAUUCGACACAGCUCCACUGUCAACAGUUAAAACAAACGGAACAACAGCAGAAGGAGAGGGGACAUCUGCUGCUGACACAGAGGCAGAUUUACCACUACCUCCACCUCCUCUCGACGAAGACACAGAGACAGAUCCUAGAACAACAGGCAUUGAAGACCAGGCUCCAUCCAUCGAUGAGCCUCUCCUUCCCCACACUGUCCCCAGGACGUCCUCUCGUGGCAAAGUCAACCCCUACUCUGUAAUUGACAUCACUCCUCUGCAGCUGCAGCCGGUCGAGCCGCACCACGGAGCCCCCUCGUCUUCUUCCACCUCUUCACCAACAGUGGAGCCCAGGGAAGGAGAAGAGGAGGCCCAGGUUAUCCGUACCAGUCCUGUCGGCAGCACCUCAGGAUACUCUGUCCCAGUGCCUUGUGGGUAUGCGACCCCUUCUGGAGUGCCACUCAUCACGCCGGCUUACACCACGCCUGUCAUCAUUCGACACCUCUCCAUGGACGAGGACGUCACCGUGGUUGCGACGGGGCACGCCUCCGUCGACAGUGUUUUUAGUGAAGAGAAUCCACCCAUCCGAGAAGAGGAUGUUUUGGCUAAAUGGGCAUCAGACCCUGCCAACACUGCAUGGAUGGAAAAUCCAGACGAGGUGAUUUACGAUGACGUACCCAGAGAGAACUCUGACUCCAACACAGAUCCAGAUGAGAUGAUCUACGAUGACGUGGAGCUCGGCGAGGAGGGCGGCUGCGGUAGCUCCCUCGACAACGGGUGGAGCUCCAGCGAGUUCGAGAGCUACGACGAGGCCAGCGACGGGGAGGGCCCCCCCGAGAACGGCCUGCCCCACGCCUUCAUGAGGGGGAAGCCGCCCCAGAAGAAGACACAUCUCUCUCAAGAUCUGACUCGCUUGAAAGAACACUAUGAGAAAAAGAUGAAAGAUCUAAUGGCAAAUACAGUGGGAACGGUAGAGCUGCAGCAGCUAAAACAGAAACACGAGCAGAAGAUGCAAAAGCUGGUGAAGGCGGCAAAGGACGGCACCAAAGACGGGCUUGAGAAAACCAAAGCUGCGGUGAAAAAGGGACGCUCUUUCAUCAAAACCAAGUCGUUCUGUCACGAGAGGAAAUCGGCCUGUUUUGAAGAUGAGGAGUCUGAACUCUUCAUCGAAGUGGAUUGUUUUAACGUGGAGCCGGUGUUGUGUGUAGCACCGAGUGGUCUUUCACAGCAGCAGCUGGUGAGGAGAUGUAUACUGGGAUCUAUUUUGGAGAGUGAGAAGAACUAUCUCGAUGCACUGAAGAGGAUAUUAGAGCAAUACGAAAAGCCGCUGUCCCAGCUCGAGCCGAGGCUGCUGAGCGACAGGAAGCUGAAGAUGACGUUCUACCGCGUGCGUGAGAUCCUGCAGUGCCACUCCCUGUUCCAGAUCGCCCUGGCGAGCCGCGUGGCUGAGUGGGACGGCCUGGAGAUGAUCGGGGACGUCUUUGUUGCGUCGUUUUCAAAGUCGAUGGUGCUGGACGCCUACAGUGAGUAUGUGAACAACUUCAGCAAUGCAAUGGCGGUAGUGAGGAAGACGUGCGCCUCCAAACCUGCCUUCUUGGAGUUCCUCAAGCAUCGUCAGGAAACGAGCAGCGACAGAAUGACCUUAUAUGGCCUGAUGAUGAAACCUAUCCAGAGGUUCCCACAGUUCAUUCUGCUUCUUCAGGACAUGCUGAAGAACACACCGGCGGGUCACGCCGACCGUCUGCCCCUCCAGAUGGCCCUGACUGAACUGGAGACACUGGCGGAGAAGCUCAACGAAAAGAAGAGGGAAGCCGACCAGCGCUGCGAGAUCCGUCACAUCGCGAAGGCCAUGAACGAGCGCUACCUCAACAAGCUUCUGAGCAAUGGCAGUCGCUACCUGAUUCGCUCGGACGACAUGGUGGAGACGGUCUACAACGAACGCGGCGAAAUGAUCAAAACCAAGGAGCGCCGCCUCUUCCUGCUCAACGAUGUGCUCAUGUGCGCCACACCCAAUAUCCGGUGUCAGGACGGCAGCGGGAGCGUCAGCGGGAACGCGCCGCUCGACCAGAAGUUCCUUCUCAAGUGGAGCGUCCCUCUGAGCUUCGUGGAGGCGCUGGAGUUUGGGUCCAGCGAGGACAUGGCCGACAACAGCCGCUACUCGGGAACUCAUUCCGGGGAGAAGGUGGUCAUCAACGCUAAACCAAACAAAUUGUACAUGGGCCCGGGUCAGCUGUACCAAGAUCUGCAGAACCUAAUCCAUGACCUCAGCCUGGUCAACCAGAUCUCCAGCAUGAUCAGCAGCCUCAAAGGAAACUACCAGAACGUGAACCCCACAGUGGCCCAGGACUGGGUGUCGGGUCUUCAGAGGCUGAUCCUGAAGAAGGAGGAAGAGAUCAGGGCGGCUGACCGCUGUCGGAUCCAGCUCCAGCUGCCUGGCAAACAAGACAAGUCGGGUAAAGCCACUUACUUCAGCGCAGUGUUCAACACUCUGAGCCCAGCAAUCAAACAGUCAUGGAUCAGUAACCUGCAGAUGGCCAAACUGGCUCUAGAAGAGGACAACCUACAGGGCUGGUUCUUUGCAGAAGACGAUGGGAAUCAGAUGAAGAAGCAGAAACACCCUCUCCUGCUGCGACAGAUGCCUGUGGUCAUGUCAAAACUACAGGAGUUCAAGGUGGAGUGUGCCGUUCAUAACCCAGAGCCCCAUGUCAACACUGAGAGCACGGCAGACACUCCCAUUGUGGGCCAUGGAUGUGUUUGGGUUGCAAGUUGCACCAAUCAGAUGGGCCAGAUAGCGAUCGUGGCCAUGCAGAACUCCAGCCCUAAAGUGACCGAGUGUUUCAACGUGGAGUCCCGAAUCCUGUGCAUGACCUUCGUCCCGCCUGAGCUACCUCAGGAAAAUGGCGAGAAGGUUCCGGAAAACGACAACGUCCCUGCUGCAAAGGCCAGCGACACUCCCAGUGUCUGUCUGGGCAUGGAGGAUGGCAGCGUCAUCGUGUAUAAAAGCAGCCAGCGCUUCAAGAAAGUACGUUUGCAGCAUUUCUUCACACCAGACAAGUCCACUGUUACCAGCCUGGUCUAUAAGAAGCCCUGUCUGUACGCCGGCCUGGUCAGCGGCUCUGUGGCGGUGUACUCCAGAUCACAAGACGGUUUGUGGAACUGUGACAAACCCAAGGUGUUGAAGCUCGGAGUCCUCCCCGUCAAGACCAUGCUGGCAGUGGAGGAUCACCUCUGGGCUUCGUCGGGUGGCCAGGUCUUCAUCGUCAGCUCCCACACACAUUCUGUGGAGAGGCAGCUGGAGGUCCACCAGGAAGAGGGCAUGGUGGUGUCCCACAUGGUGGUGGCCGGCGUGGGCAUCUGGAUCGCCUUCAGUUCCGGUUCCACACUUCGCCUUUUCCACACGGAGACGCUGGAGCACCUGCAGGACAUUAACAUCGCUACACCUGUCCACAAUAUACUGCCGGGGAACCAGAGAGUGUCUGUGAGCAGUCUGCUGGUCUGUCACGGUCUUCUCCUGGUCGGGACCAACCUGGGGGUGACUGUGGCUCUCUCUGUCCCCAGACUGCAGGGGAUCCCCAAAGUCACAGGUCGCGGCAUGGUCUCCUUACACGCUCACAAUGGACCGGUCAAGUUCCUCACUGUCGCUGCAGCGGUGUGUAACCGCUCCUCCGGUCCGGCGUCCGCCGCCACCGCCACCUCAAUCCAGCCCGCAGAGGCAGAUGACGGGGAGAACGCUCCUUCAGCGCCGACUCCUCCUCAGGGGCGGGGCGUGUGGUUAGGGGAGGCGGGCUGCACCACCAUGGCCCUCCAGGACUCUGUCUCCUCGUCGUCCUGCGGCUCCUUAGCGCCGUCCCAGGGCUCCCUGGAGCACGGGCCGGAGGACGGGGCGCUGUACGACGUGCUCCACGACCCGGCCCUCCAGCAGAGGGGCCGGCGCUCCAGCAAAGUGGACGUCAGCUCGCUGCUGGUGGUGUCGGGAGGUCUGGGCCAUCGCAGGGUCAACAAGAAGACCAAGCAGUCCCGUCACGAGGACACCACGUCCUCGAUCAUGAUCUGGCAGAUUCCCUUACUUAACAUGUGACACCAAAAACCACCUGGAUCGGGUUAGUGAAAUAGAAUUUUAUGAGUUAUAAGUUGGGCUGGGUAUUAAUAAGUUUAUUUAUAUAUCACUUUUAAUAAAAACGGCCCCUGUUGCUGAAAGUAGAUGAAACAGCAGAAAGAAAUCUUAUAUAUUAUGGUGAAAUUGUUCAGUUUUAGCCGAGCCUGAACUUUCUGCUCUCACAUUUAUUCUGUGCACUGUCAAGUGUUUAAAUACAUCUUGUACAUCACUGUUAGAUGACGUUAACUCCGUCGUAGGAUGUCACAUUUGUGAUAUGAGGUCAUACGGGGGAAAGUCCAGCACCCAGACAGCACCACAAAAGUAUUGAAGUUUGAUACCCAGCCCAUAUGUUACAAGGGAAAAAAACUAAAUGUAUCUCUCUUUUUUUUGUCAGUUUAAAUAGAAAACCCGGUGUCACACAGACUUAAACCAAAAAGAACUAAUAAUGUGUUAUUUAAACGAGGACCACUUUAUUUAAAUCCAUAAAACCACUCAUUCAUCAUCUGACAAAGGAUAUCGUGUCAUCGUCAAUGAUAUUUUUGUGCUGAAAAAUAGUGAAAGUGUCUUUAAACGCGUCUAAUGCUUUCCGUUAUUUGCGCCAUAACAGGUGACUGACUCACAGAGCAGUGUUUAAAUCAGUGUUGUAUGCACGCACGGUAACGAGGCUCUGAUAAAGCGCUUCUCGUGAAAUCAGGAUCGUCUGUCGAGGCUCACGACUGCUGCGUGUGUUACGUGCUAACUCUUAUUUUAAGGGGGGGAAAAGGAUGUUGUAUCUAUGACUGAAUAAGUGUGAGGUCGGCUUGAUGUGAAUCCCUGGCUGGCCCAGGUUUUUAUUCAUAAAGGGAAGACGGGGGGAGUUGCGAUGACCACAUGAGAUUUUUAU